CGAUGUUAAUUUAUCAAAUCUGAUUUCAAAUGACCAAGCAAAAAAUAAUUUUAAUAUUGGAAUAUUCAAAGAAUUGUUGAUGUUCAGAAUAGACGCGGGCGAUGUAGAUCUUCGCAAUCACUUAGAAUCGGCUUCAAAAAAAUGCAACAUUUGUUAGUAAAACUAUUCAAAAUAAUUUGAUCGAUAUAUGUGGCUUGAUUAUCACAGACAAAUUAAUAAAAGAGCAAAUACAAUCGUCCAAAAAUUAAAAGAAAUUGGUUUAAGUUUGGAAUUUUUACUAGGGCAGGGAUAUGAUGGUGGAGCAAAUAUGUCUGGUAAAUACCGCGGAGUUUAAGCUAGAAUCUUAAAUUUGUAACCAAAGGCAACAUACACUCAUUGUGCAUCGCACCGCCUAAAUCUAACUUUAAUAAAAGCAUGUAAUGUAUUAUCUAUAAAAAAAUUAUUUUCUACAGUCAAAGAAGUAUCUAACUUUGUGCGUGAUUCUCCCAAAAGAGUUGAUUUAUUUAAAAAAAAAAUAAAUGAAAUUUUGCCUUCAUCUAAAUCAGUUUUGCUAGUAAAGUUGUGUGAAACUAGAUGGGUAGAAUCCCACGAGGUGAUUAUUCGGUUUUCCGAUAUGCUUAUACCUAUUGUACAAUUUUUGGAAGACAUGACAGUUAAUACGGAUGGAAAUAUACUUUCCAAAUGUAACGGACUUCUUCAUUCAAUAUUGACUUUUGAAUUUAUUUUGGCCUUAGAAGUAGCAGUAGAAAUAUUGUCUUUGACUUUGCCAAUAUCACGUAAAUUACAAGACCCUGGUUUGGAUUUGACUAAAUGUAUUGAAAUCAUACAGACUGUAUUAGAUGUUCUUAAAAACAAAAGACAAAAUGUAACAUUUAACAACAUUUUUAAUCGAGCCGUAUCAAAAGCCGAAAAUUUAAAUAUUGAAGUUAAAACACCACGAAUAUGCAAACAACAAAUAAAUCGAUCAAACAACAUUACUUCAAGUCCUGAAGAAUAUUUUAAAAUUACGGUAUACUUCACAGUUUUGGACAAUUUCAUAACAUCUAUUCAAUUCAUGUUUUUUGACAACCAAAAUCCAAUAUUAUUUAAAAUCCAACAACUGAUACCUUAUUGUUUACAUAAUAAAUCUGAAGAACAUAUUAUAGAAGGUGCCACUUUUUAUGAAGCAGAUUUGCCUGGAUCCAUAGACGAAUUAAAAGGUGAUUGCAUUGUGGCAGCUGCAUUGGACUCAACCACCAGUAAAAAAGGAAAAAAUAAAUACAGCAAUAGACGCAUUCAAAGAAACUGAAGAUGGGUAUUUUCCAAACAUUCGUCAACUUUUACUAAUUUUAGCAAUAUUACCAGUAACAACAUCGACAAGUGAGAGGUCUUUCUCAAUGCUAAAACGUAUAAAAACAUACUUGAGAACAACAAUGGGGGAAAACCGUUUAAACGGGUUAGCUUUGCUUAAUAUCCAUAAACAAAUUGAUGUAAAACCUGAAGAAGUGUUAGAUAUGUUUUCAAAAUCUAAUCCUAGGAAAUUACAAUUAUCUUUAUCGUUAUAAAUAUUUACAAUAUUAUUAUAAUUUAAAUAUA